AUGCCAGCACCGGCCAUGAUGGCCUCGGCUCCCGCAGUGACCGUUGAUGCCGCUCCGAAGGAGGCUGCACCCAUCGAGACGGUGGCGGAGGCUCCUCAGGUCGAAGAGGCAGAUCUCGGGCAAGCUGCCCAGAUGGUGGAGAUGCUCCGAAACAGCGGGAACAGCAAGCUUGCCAACUCCCGCUUUGUAAGCUUCAUCGACAAGGUGAGUAAGGGAGAUCUUCAGUUCAAAGAGAACACAGUCAUCGAUAGAGAAGGAAACCAGGUAGACUGGGAAUCUCUCUAUGACACGGAUGUUGCCACUGCGACAGACUCCGACCGGGCUCACUUGGCAAACAUGUGGAAGGCCUCAGGUGAUCCAGCAGGCAUGGAGGCCGUCUUGCGUGGCGGCAGUCUCGGCCAGCUUGGAAUGGAGGACUUCGAGGGCGAUCUUGGAAACCUCGGCAUGGCGAAUCAUCGGGAAGUUCUCCAGGAGGUGCUUGGCAGCAGAGAGGAGGCAGAUGCCGUUCUUGAGCAGAUGAUGCAAGGCUUCGAUGGCUUUGAUCCGAUGACCAUGGAUCUGGGGGCCAUGAACAGGGCCAAGGAGUACAAGUUUGCGGAAGAGAACCCUUUCCGCGAAAUCACCGAUCCACUUGCAGAAGCCAUCAGGCUCAUCAGAGAAGGGCGGGAUCGGGAAGCACUUCUCUGCCUGGAGUCCGAGGUCCAGCGAAACCCGGAAAGCUCAGAAGGCUGGAGAAUGCUGGGCCAGCUCUAUGCAGAAAUGGACCAAGAUGUUGAGGCAAUUCAGUGCCUCAGGAGGGGUCACGAGGUGGAUCCCUACAACUUAGACAGCCUCCUCGCCCUGGGCGUCAGCUGUACAAAUGAGUUGGAUCAGCUCCCUGCGCUGCGCUACUUGCGGACGUGGCUCGAAAACCAUGAGGAGCAUCAGGCCCUUGUAGAGGGCGUUGAAGUUCCUCCGGACUUCGAGUACGAUGCGUGGCGCCGCCAAGUCACGGAACUGUUUCAACGGGCUGCUCAGGCGAACCCCCAUGAUGCUGACGUUUUUGUGGCUUUGGGCGUCCUGGAAAAUAUCAACAGAGACUUCCCAGCAGCCGUUCAGGCUCUUGCAGGUGCUUGCCGCUUACGGCCCAAUGACCCAACUGUGUGGAACAAACUUGGCGCAACAUUGGCAAACUCGGGCAAAAGUGAGCAAGCCGUGGUUGCCUACCAUCAGGGCUUGGAGCUGAAGCCAAACUAUGCUCGCAGUUGGUCGAACAUGGCCAUCGCCCAUGCCAAUUUAGGAAAGCACAAGGACGCCGCGCGUUUGUACCUGUCGUCCCUUGUCCUGAACCCUGAAGCGACGCACAUUUGGAACUUCCUCCAAAGUGCCGUGCUGAACAUGAACAUGGACAGCCAGUACGCUAUGGAGGCCAUUGAGCAGAGAGAUUUGAAAGCUGCAACUCAGAUAAUUGAUGGCGUCUUGGAUCCGGCGAAGCUGCCAAAGCCGCUUGACCAGCCCACGCGGCCACCUGACGAGACUUUGUCCUCCAUCGGGCUUUGA